AUGAGCAAGACGUAUAAUUCAGUAUGUUUGGCGAUUUUUUGUGUGACGAAAAUGUUGGGUCAGAGAGUUUGUCUGAAAUUUUGUGUUAAAAACGGAAUUAAGUGCAGCGAAGCGUUCAAAAUGUUGAAGAAGGCCUUUGACGACGAUACUAUAUCACAACCACGAGUUCAUGAAUGGUACGAACGCUUUCAGGAAGGCCGAGAAGACAUCGAAGAUGACGCGAGGUCUGGGCGUCCUAGCACGUCCACCAGUGAUGAAAACGUGGAAAAAGUUAAAGAGACUGUGCUUGCUAAUAGAAGCAUCACCAUUAGAGAGGUUGCUGAAGAAAUAGGAACUUCAUACGGCUCAUGCGAAGCGAUUUUUACUAAUGUUUCGAACAUCAAACGAUUUAUCCAACAGUUCUCGGCGCCACACCGUUGUGAUGCCGCAACCACCUUAUUCUCCAGACAUGGCCCCCUGUGACUUUUCCCGAUUUCCCAAACUCAAAAGGACACUCAAAGGACAACGUUUUUCAACGAUAGAUGAGAUAAAGGCGAAAUCGCAGAUCCAGCUCAAGAGGAUACCUAAAGAGGCGAAAACACCAGUGCUUCUCAAACUGGGAACUACGUUGGCAUAAGCGUAUAAUAUCACAGGGGGACCACUUUGAAGGAGAUGGGAUAAACAU